UUAAAAAUUGUUGUCAACAGGUUACACACAAAAUAGAUUAAUAAAUUGAAAAGUCAGUCGGUUUAGGAGAAACCAUCAUAAAACACCAUAACUUCACAGCAAAUACAGUUAACUGGACGGAAAUAAAGAUGAAUAUUAAACUAGUUGUGGUAGUUGCUCUAAGUUUAGUGAUACUUGUUUCAGCAAAGCCAAAUAAAAAGGGAAAGAAGAACGACAAGAGCCUCCUUGAGCAGUAUAUUGAACUCUGUGAAGGUCUUCAAGAUGGAGAAAUAGAAAACACUGAAGCAGAAUAUGAUGAUGUGUUUACACAAUUUAACACGACAUGUACCGACAUAUUAGCGUACUCAGAGGAAGCACAGGCCAUCGAAACACUUGCGAAAGAAAGUAAUAAAAGCGGUAAAAAGGGAGGCAAAAAGGGAGGGAAAGGAAAAGGCGGGAAGAAAAAUAAAGAAAACAAGGCAGUGGAGAGAUUAAUGGCAAUUUGUAUCUCCAUUGGAGUUCAAAAUUAUCUUGAAUCCUUUCCAGAUGACACUCCGAAUGAGCUUAAAGACAUAUAUGUAAAUGAUACUUACCCAAUAUGCCAAGAGGCAUAUGAGAUCAAAACAGGUGGAUUUGAAGUUGGGUUCAUCAAACUAUGCAAAACUUUUGAUGAUGGUAAAAUUAAAAACACGAACCCAAAAUACCAACUUUGGUUUGACUGGAUUGAACCUGUAUGUGAAAGUUAUAACGUGACAACAGAAGAAGAUGGUAUAGAGAGUGAUGCUGAAGUAAGCAUAUAUUGAUCAUAUUGAUGA